GUGAAAAGUCGUUGCGUGCAGUCAUCUACUGAUCUCCAAACCAAACGCGAACUCAAAUUCACACUAAAAUGGCCUUCAAGUAUCUGAUCUUCGCCUCGGCCCUGUGCCUGAGCCUCGCCUAUCCGCUGGAGCACCAGUAUUACGAGGAGAGCCACGGCUACGAGCACCUGGCCCACCACGAGCCGGAGCCCAUCCACGAGUACGGACACCACCAGAUCGAGCGCAUCUCGCUGGGCGAGGAGCACGGACACCACGAGCACCACGAACACCACGACCACGCCGAGCCCCACUACGAGACCCACGAGUCCCACGGGCAUGACGAACAUGUGGACUACUAUGCCCCUCCCAAGUACGCCUUCAAGUACGGAGUGAAUGACUUCCACACCGGAGACGUGAAGUCGCAGCACGAGACCCGCGAUGGUGACACCGUCAAGGGACAGUACUCGCUGGUGGAGCCCGAUGGUUCCAUCCGCACAGUGGACUACACCGCCGACAAGCACAAUGGCUUCAACGCCGUGGUCCACAAGACUGCCCCAGUGCACCACCACGAGGAGCUGCACGAGCACCACUACUAAGCCAGGAAGCACUGCGCACUAGAGUUAGCCAAAUUGCUCAUCAGCCGAAGGUAGGAGGAGGAUUAUGAGGAUUAGGAGGAGGGACAAGCAUCCACAUCGAUCGACCAUGGAAUCAGCUUCAUAUCUCGUAAUUAGGACAUCAGCACACACCCGGGCCAAUGACCACAAGCGGGGACUCUUCCCCCAACGUGGCAAUGACCAUUUCAUUAACAUUUUGUAUAUUGUAUUUUAUUCUGUGAUAGCGAAUAACUUCUACGUAUAUCUUCCGCUUUCAACUGAUCCUUAGUCACUACCUGCUCAGACGAAUUUACCAAUCACUCGACUGUAAACUGUAAACUGUAAUCUUUAAUCUAUAAUCUGUAAUGUAUACUUAUGUCUUCAGAGAUCGAACGAACGAAUUGUAAAUUGUGUAAUAAAGUGUGAAUUAUGUACUUUUUAUAAAA